AUGAUCCGUCGUUAUCUGACGGCUCCCGCACGAUUCGCCUGUGAUCCAGUUCAGGCUGGCCGGGCUCAAAAUAUGUACUGGAUUCCCUAUUUUGAGGCAAAAAUGUCGGCGACCUCCAAUAACAGCCCAGUGCCCCACUUCACUGAUGCAGGAAUUUCGACUACGACAGAAAAUUCCCGUUCAGCAGAUGAAAGUAUGCUUCUCAAUCAGAAAAUGGAGAGCAACGAUGCAAUCGAGACUGCGAAUGGCCCAAAAGAACGGAUUACAUUUUGCCGCAUCUCAACAGAUCUCCUCUUCUUGUCUUGUGUGUUCUAG